GCAAUCCCUUGCGUCAUCAGAAGGCGACAUGUUUCGUCGCCUUAUUUCCUACAUGCCGAACGCGUCCUUGGGACUCUUUGCACUUCAGAAUAUGACUAAUUAACACUUAUUAGUUUAAUAACAAUUGCAGAAAGUAUAGAAGUGAUGAACCGUCUUUGAUUUAUAUUGCGGUCGUUGACAAACCUGCAGACUGACUGAGGAGAGAUGAGCGCUCCUAACGCCAGUGAACGCAAAGCCUGCUGGGACGCCAGAGACGAGCUCUGGAAGUGUCUAGAUGUCCAUCAAGAUCAGACAUCUGCCUGCGAGAAACACCAGCGAGAGUUUGAAGCCAAGUGUCCUGCCCAGUGGGUGAAGUAUUUCGUCAAACGGAGGGACUUCUUGAAGUACAAAGAGAAAAUACAAAACGAGGGUUAUGAACCAACUGAAGGAGCGUCAAAAAUAUAGACAUGGAGGGAAAUGAAAACACUGGACUCUGACAGUGAAAAAUUCUGUGAAACAUUGUGUUUUUGUCUUGUCUUAUAAUUGAUCUGAAUGCAUCUGUACUGUAUGGAACUUCAGUGUGAUGUUUGAAAUACAAAAUAAAUAAAUGACCCAAAAA